AUGCACCAGCUGGUAGAGCAGUUUCUCAAAUUGAAGUCGCCCAAGUUUACGGGCCGAGGUGACCCUGAAACCGCCCCACGUUGGGUGGAAGAGUUGGAAAAGGCAUUCAAUUUACUGGGAUGCACCGAAAUAGAGAAGAUUACUCUGGCAACGUAUCAACUCCAGGACAAUGCUAAUGACUGGUGGAAGGCCAUCAAAGACCGAGUGUUUCCCGAGGGGGCAGACCAGACUUGGACUGCAUUUGUUGAGAGUUUUUAUGGGCAAUACUUUUCAGAGAGUGCCCAGGAAAAGAAAAUGGCGGAGUUCAUGAGACUUCGUCAAGGAUCAAUGACGGUAGUCCAGUAUGAAGCAGAAUUUGCGAGACUAUCGAGAUUUGCUCCGAGAAUGGUGGAAAAUCCACUGAACAAGGCUCGAAGAUUCCAGGAUGGUUUGAAACCGGAUCUUCGUACUCAGAUGCUCCUGCUGAAUAUUCGAGAUUAUAGAGAAUUAUAUGAACGAGCCCAAACGAUGGAACGAGAUCAGAUGGAUAGAGCAGCUGCAUCUAGGUCACGGUUAGAAGCUGUCCUCAACAGCGCCCUUCAGGACCCCCGAUGCAACAACCACCUAGAGUUGGGAAUCAAGCCGGGAAUGCCCCACCGGCUAUUCAAGGAAGACCGCCUGCACAAGGAAGGGUCUAUGCAAUGGCAUGUAAGGAUACUGAGGAUGCGCCGGGCGUGGUCACAGAAGGAAUUGAACAUGAGGCAGCGCAGAUGGAUGGAACUGCUGAAGGACUACGACUGCGAUAUUAUGUAUCACCCGGGGAAGGCGAAUCGAGUCGCCAAUGCGCUGAGUCGUAAAUCAAGUAUGGCGCACGUAAUGAUCAAGGAAUGGACCUUACUUGAGAGGCUUAGAGAUUCAGAGUUCAAGUUUGAAGUGAGCCACGUAUCGAACUUGUUAGCUGCUUUGAGAAUAGAACCGGAGAUUCAGACCAAGAUCCGAGAAUUGCAGUAUACGGAUCCAGAGAUUCAGAAGAUGAUUGAGAUGGACGUCGCCAAGAGGAAGUCGGACUAUCAGGUGUCCGAGGAUGGAGUUUUGAAGUUCCGUGGGCGACUAUGUGUACCUGAUAAUUUGGAGCUCAAGGAAGAAAUUCUAAGUGAAGCACACCGCAGUAAUUAUAGCAUCCACCCGGGCAGCACUAAGAUAUCGUUCGUCUGCAUGGAGUACCGGUGA